GCCGGCGACACCAUGUGGUACCUGCUGAUGCUGCUGCUCUGCUCGCCGCUGCUGGUCGCCGGAGACGCGACGGCGGAGCAGCUGCAGCAGACGGCGCGCGCGCUGGGAGGCGACUCGCGGCUGCUGUACGGCCUCCCGACGGGCAGCUCGCUCUCACUCACCACCACCCUCCUCACGCCGAUCAUCGAGGAGGGACCCAUCACCGGAGUGCUGAACGUGACGUGGGUGCCCCUGGUGUUGCCGCUGGACCAGUCGGCCCAGCAGCUGCAGUACCUAGAGGGCAAAAGGUCACGCUCUGAUGACCUGGUGGACAUCUACACCCAUCUGCAAGAGGCCGUCGAAGGGUUCGGCUUCCCUGGACGCCCCUGUGUGCUGCGCACCAUCUGUGAGGCAGCUGGUCGGCGGGGCGACAGCCAGCUGAUGACGCGCCUGCUACAGCUCCUGCUGGAGGUGCCGCCCGGGUCGCCGGAUGACGUCAUGGGUGGCGAGCUGAUGGAGGCCAAGAGGCUCGGCACCGAAGACGUGUCGGGCUGUCGGCGAGCCUUCGCCGAGUGUCCGGGCUCGCUGUUUGACCUGCUAGACUCGGCCAACCUGCUGUAAGCGACGCCAGCCGUGUCGGGCUGCUCGUCAUCACGGCGGGGAAAGCUGACCACAGCAUGUCGAGCACGGCACGGAGAGGCGGCGCCCGCCGGCCGGCGAUGACUCGCCGCGGCUGCCAGGACUCUGCAGAUGUCGCCGGUGCUCCUGCACAGCUCGGAGCGGCACACCAAUCGCCGUCCUGGUGACGGUGCCAAUAUCCCCGUCACGCACGUGUCCUGACACAUGCCUGUUGGCAAUUGGGUGUCAUCGCGUUUGGAGAACUGACACGCCUUCAUGGAACGGUGGUUCGCACGUAAUUCGCGCUAAACAUCAGGAAUAUGGCUUGUGUCGGAUGUUGUUGGGUUCGACGCGGUGCCGGCGUACCAUGAUCUUAGAUUUCACACAGCUAUGACUAUGCGAGAGAUUAUGAUGUAAUGCACGAGAUAGUUGCCGCAGGCUUGCAUGCACAAAUACUCACCGUGUGUUUAAGGCACGAAUUAUCAGCCUGUGGCGUAGUAAACAAGUCACAAAAAGCGUAGCGCAGGAAGUGUAGCAUGGUGGAAACAUGCAUGUCAUCAUAAAGGUGCUCUGUUAUUGUGCGUGCGUGCUGAAUUAUGGCGUGAAACCGGGCGCUACGUGACUAUCGUCACUGUCUGCUCUUUAGUGCCCACUUUACUUCCGUGCAUAGUUUCUCACUGCAUCAGCGAUGACGCAUAGCUAGUAGCGGGAGCGUGAAGGAUGUGCCUCGUGACUUCCAAUUUGAGUAGCACGAAAUGCGACCAUGCAAUGAAAGCCAUGAAUGAACGAAUGCUAUUUAGAAUUUUUGGCCGCUUUGCAUAAAGUUGCUCGUGACCACGUAAC